UCUUUAAGUGUCAGUCGUGUGUGUGAAUAUGGCGGAGGACAGCGAGUCUUCAGCUGGCGGGUCGGCUGAGGUCCGGAUGGUUCUUUUGGGUCAGACGGGCUCAGGCCGGAGUUCAUCUGGAAACACGAUUCUGGGUCGCUCCGCCUUCUGGUCGGAUGUGUCGCCCCUGUCGGUCACCAGCCGGUGUCAGCGUUCAGGGGGCGUGGUGGAUGGGCGGAGCCUGCGGUUGAUUGACACCCCAGGGUUCUUCCACACCUGUCUGAGCCCGGAUGAGGUGCGCGCGGAGCUGAGCCGGUGCGUGGAGCUGAGCGCGCCCGGACCGCACGUGUUCCUGCUGGUGCUGCGCGCCGGACGCGUGACGCGCGAGAGCAGCGCCGCUCUGGACUGGGUCAGCGCCGCGUUCGGACCGCAAGCACUCCGCUUCACCACGGUCCUGAUCACGAGCGGCGACGCGCUCCGAGACAAACCCGCCGACGUCUUCCUGAAGGAGAGCGAGGAAUUAUGGGAGUUUGUGUGCAGCUGCGCAGGCGGAUAUCACGUGUUUGACAACACUAAAGGUGCCGAGGAGAGGUCGCAGGUCACCGAGCUGCUGGAGAAGACGGAUCUGCUGAUGGAGCGUAACGCAGGAGCACAUUACACCGCUGACAUGCUGCUGCAGGCUGACUCUGCUGUACGCCACACGCAGCAGAGGAUUCUGGGAGACGAUCAGGAGGAGGAUGAAGAGGCCAGGAAGAGGACAGAGGGUCUGUUCUGGUACGAGCUGCUGACGGCUAUGGGCCGCGGUGCGGUGGAGGCGUCCGGCGUGAUGGAGAAGGGGAAGGGCAAGGGGAAGAAGGUCAAAGCUGUGCAGAGGGUGGCGGCCAUCGCCUCCACACCGCUGUCAAUCACAAGCGCUGCUAAAGUGAUGGGCGGAGCCAUGAGAGAGGGAACCAAAGUACUGUACAAACACAAGAAGAUGCUCCUGCACUAACACACACACUUCAGAGACCUUAAGAAAUACGAUAUGAAUAAGCAGACAAAAAUAUGCAGCAUCAUCAUCAACACUUCCUCUAGAUGUGAUCAAAUGUUUGCACUACAAGAUAAUGCAUGAAUCUCCCCAACAAAACACAUAAUAAAAUAAUCUCACAAAAUAUCCAAGACAUCUGCACCAAAAUCAAGAAAAUGGGGCCUAUUUUAAGACCAUUAAUAUUUUUUUUGUGUGUGUGAUAUAUGUAAUAAAGCUCUUUCAAAACAU